UAUAGAUACAGAUACGGAAACUUUUGUGCAGUUCGAGAUUUGGCAGAUCGAACGACCUAUCGUAAUAAGUACACUUGUAAACGAUAGUUCCCGUUUGAGUUUUCCUGUUUCAGGUGUUCCAAGGAAACACGGACAGCCAUCGCUAUGUACGCAACAUUUUGGACCGCCCAGUCCAAGCGCUUUUCACCCGUUUCUACCCUCUGACCUUCCACAAUGGGAUUGCCAUGAGAGUAGAGAUCCUGACUGAUGAGUCAAGAUGCGAACAGAAUGAAAUACGUUGUGGCGGCCCAUGUCAACCAAAGGAAAGUCUCUGUUGGCGUUUUGAUGGAUGUGUGCCGCGCAAAUAUCACUUCGGAGACAAACCCGUAUGUGAAGAUAUCCUGGAGACAGACUGCGGUUUGGAAUCAGCCGUUACGCUGGAUGAUCUCGAGUGCUAUGAAAUUACCAGUCAGUUCAGUCCGUGUGGGGACGAUGACAGUUCGGAAGUGUUCCACGACAGCCAGGCCUGUGACGGCAGGGUGGACUGUUCAACAGGGACAGACGAGGACAGCUGUGACGGAUGCGCAAUGGAAUGUUUGACUGGUCUGGAGGACCCGUGCAUCCCUCCUGGCUGGGUUUGUGACGGGAUCACAGACUGUCUGGACGGGAAGGACGAACACCGGUGUCUUCAGGGGGUGUCCAAAGACUGCUUUUUCUCCUGCCUCAACAACGUGCCCUGCCUGCCAACAUUGCAUCUGGGGGACGGCCACUGGGACUGUACUUCCGGAGAGGACGAAAGCCCCAAUCAUGUUGAAGAGGCUCUGCGUGACCAUUGGGGCACCUGCAGCCACACCUGCCCGUCCGUCUACGGUAACACGACCUGCGUUCCUGACGUCUUCACCUGUGACGGUGACGCGGACUGUUUGGGUGGAGAGGACGAGCAGAUGUGCGACGCCGGCACAACUGCGUCAUCACAUAAAGGUCCCGGUGAAUAUUGCCCGACGAUUUCCUGUUUUCUGCCCGGUGCUCCGGACCCUUACUGCCUGCCCACCCAUCUGAUCUGUGACGGACAUCCAGACUGUAUGUCGGAGGAGGACGAGCAGGGGUGUGGCGGUAACCUGGGAGGUUAUGUACACGCUCCUGUAGCCAUGGUCCAAGGACCGACAGGAGGAAUGACCGGUGGUCAAGAACCAACGGGAGAAACCACGAGUGGUGAAGAACCCACCCAUGACAAUGGAGCAACUACAGAACCAACCAGCUUUAAAGAACAAGAAGUUGCAGAUGUCUAUGCAAGUGGCCAUGGGACAAAGGGCCGAGCCAUAAUCUGGAUGACUGCUGCCGCUGUUGUCGUUGAGGUUUUCUUGAACUAUGCUUGGUAGACAGUGCAUUGUUCUACACUGCAGUAUUUGCUUUCUCAAAGUCAGAAUUUAUAGGAAAUAUU